AUGUUGGCAAACCUUAACCCCUUCAGGCAACCUGAACUCGUCCUCAUCUACCACCCCACCCCAAACGUUAGCAGUGUACUAACUAGUUUCACAAUUCCUAUCACUUCUUUCCGUCAUCACCUACCUUUCAAAUGCAUGUCCUAA